GUCUUCCCCCACAAAUCACCAAACGAGCUGCGUGAACCGGGUGCGUUUCGAUUUCUUCUUCCCCCCAUUUUUUGUUGCCAUUGCUUCCCUCGAUUUCCGAGCUCCGUGAGGAGAGAGGAAGAGAGAGGUUGCAAUGGCGGCGGCGCUGAUGAGGAGGGCGGCGCGGGCGCCGCCGGCGGCGUGCGGGCUCCGCCGCUUCAUGCAGGAGCAGACGGCGUUCCGGCCCGCGGCGGUGCCGGUGGUGCCGCCCGAGCGACGCGGGUUCAUCCCCCUCGCCGACCGGAUCCGCGACCUCGGCGCCGCGUUCCCGCGCAUCAACCUCGACGGCCUCGUCCCCCCGGCGCCGCCGCAGACGCAUCCGACGGUGGCGAGGGAGGAGCGGGCGUCGGCGUCGGCGGUGGCGGGGCUGACGGUGGAGGAGGCGAGGAAGGUGCUGCGGGCGACGCAGAUGGAGGCGGCGCGGGCGAGGCUGCGGGCGUCGGGCGCGGGCACCGUGCCGUACGCCGAGUUCCUCCGGCUCUGCUGCGACGCCGCCGGCGCGGAGUCCGGCGCCUCCGUCGCGCGCGCGCUCGACGAGUCCGGAUCCGUCAUCGUCCUCGGCAAGACCGUCUUCCUCAGGCCCGAGAUGGUUGUCAAAGCCAUCGAGAAGGCCAUACCGAUUCCGAGAGCGCAACCCAUUGCCUUGGAUGGCCCAGCAAGGGAAGAGCUGAAGGCCAUGGAGGCGCAGAAGGUCGAGAUCGACCGCACCGCGGCGCUCCAGGUGCGCCGUGAGCUUUGGCUGGGGCUGGCAUACCUCGUCGUCCAGACUGCCGGCUUCAUGAGGCUCACAUUCUGGGAGCUCUCAUGGGAUGUCAUGGAACCCAUCUGCUUCUAUGUGACCUCCAUGUACUUCAUGGCCGGCUACACCUUCUUCCUCCGGACCAAGAAGGAGCCCUCCUUCGAGGGCUUCUUCGAGAGCCGGUUUGCGGCGAAGCAGAAGCGGUUGAUGCACGCCCGGGAUUUCGAUCUCCGCCGGUAUGACGAGCUCCGGCGAGCCUGUGGCCUGCCGGUGGUUCGGACUCCGACGAGCCCCUGCAGACCGUCGUCGUCGUCGUCGUCUUCGACGCAGGAGAGCCAUUGCCAUUCUUACUGCCAUUGCCAAUGAUCUUUGUGCUGUUCUGUUCUAUUGUCAGAAUUUUUUUCAUGCCCAGUUUAUGGGGGUUAAGCUAGCUUCUCCAUUGUAUCGUUCUGAUGUGCGGAUGAUGCGAUGCAAAGCAUAGUUUGUUGAAGAGAUGACAAGGCAGAUUUUAGCUUGAAAACCUGGAGGUGAGAAAAAAAAAUCCUGAUGUGUGUGUGUGUGAGAGUGAUUGCAGAUGACUGAAAGCCACCACUAGUAGACUUCAUUUUAGGUUGUACAAAUUUGACAGCGAAAAACAUAUUGCUCCAGCAAAGGGGCUUUUAACUA